AUGGUUGUACCAUCAAUGGCUGGGAAAACUUCAGGUGGUCUCAAAGAAUGCGGUAAUCCAUGUGCCAAGAUACAAAUAGAAGCUUCAGACACAAUCAGAUUCUCACACCCAACUCCACAUCGACUUUUACUGAAACAUAUGUCAAAUUUUAUUGCAUCACUUACCACAAUAUUAUUGAAUUUGCAAAGGAAGAAGAGAAAACUUUUAAACUAUUGGGAUGAAAUCGAUGCAUUCGAAACAUCGCUAAAGAUGUCAGAGGGUAAACCAGAGUAUAAUUUCUACGAUGGUCCACCAUUUGCCACUGGUCUGCCACAUUACGGUCAUAUCUUGGCUGGUACCAUCAAGGAUACCGUCACCAGAUACGCACACCAGACUGGUCAUCAUGUAGCACGUCGUUUCGGUUGGGAUUGUCACGGUCUUCCCAUUGAAUACGAGAUUGACAAACUCUGUAACGUGCGUACCAAGGACGACGUCAUGAAGAUGGGUAUUCCAAAGUACAACCAAGAGUGUCGUAACAUCGUCAUGAAGUACUCGAGCGAGUGGGAGGUCGUUGUGAAGCGUCUCGGUCGUUGGAUCGACAUGAAGAACAACUACAAAACAAUGGAUCCAAAGUUUAUGGAGUCUGUAUGGUGGGUGUUCAAGCAGCUCUACGAGAAGGGUUUGGUCUACCAGGGUUUCAAGGUGAUGCCAUACUCGAUCCCAUGUACCACACCGUUGUCCAACUUUGAAGCCGGUUCCAACUAUAAGGACGUCCCCGAUCCCGCCGUCGUCGUUGCAUUCCCGAUUGUCGGAGAGGAGAGUGUCGCUUUCGUCGCUUGGACAACCACACCAUGGACACUUCCAUGCAACUUGGCGUUGGUCGUCAAUCCCAACAUGGACUAUGUCCGUGUGUUGGACAGCAAGACCGGUAAGACUUUUAUCUUGGCAGAGAAGCGUCUCUCCAUCCUCUACAAGGAUGUCAAGCCCGAGAGCAAAGAGUUUAAGAUCUUGGCCAAGUGCAAGGGUGCCGAGUUGGUCGGAAAGCAAUACGUUCCAAUGUUUGACUACUUUGCAUCCGACGCCGAGACUGGUGCAUUCCGUGUCAUUCCAGGCACCUACGUCACUGAGGACAGUGGUACCGGUAUUGUACAUGCCGCUCCAGCCUAUGGUGAGGAGGAUUUCAAUGUUUGUUUAAAGAGUGGUAUCAUCAAGCGUGAGGAUUUCCGUCGUCCAUCGUUGAAUGCCGUCGAUGUCAACGGUUGUUACACCGCCGACAUCAAGGACUUUGCUGGUAAGCGUGUCAAGACACUCGAUGGAAAGUCCACUGAAGAAAGCACCGACAAGGAGAUCAUCAAAGCAAUCAAGGCAAAGGAUCGUUUGGUUAACGUUGGAACCAUUGUUCACAGUUAUCCAUUCUGUUGGCGUUCAGAUACCCCAUUGAUCUACAAGGCUGUCGGUAGUUGGUUCGUACGUGUCGAGAACAUGAGAGAACGUCUCUUGAAAAACAACAGUCAAACCUACUGGGUUCCAGAUUUCGUCAAGGAGAAACGUUUCGCCAAUUGGUUGGAAGCUGCCACCGAUUGGGCUGUCUCUCGUAAUCGUUAUUGGGGUACUCCAAUCCCAUUGUGGGUCAGCGAGGAUGGUGAGGAAGUUGUAGCUGUCGGUUCCGUCGAGGAGUUGUACGAGUUGUCCGGUGUUCGUAUCACCGAUUUGCAUCGUGAAUCGAUCGACCACAUCACUAUCCCAUCGAAGCAGGGUAAGGGUCAAUUGAAGAGAAUCGAAGAGGUCUUUGAUUGUUGGUUCGAGUCCGGAUCGAUGCCAUACGCUCAACAACACUAUCCAUUCGAGAACAAGGAUCACUUUGAAUCGAUCUUCCCAGCUCAAUUCAUUGCCGAAGGUAUCGAUCAAACCAGAGGUUGGUUCUACACCUUGUUGGUACUCUCCACCGCUUUGUUUGACAAGCCACCCUUCCAAAAUCUCAUUGCCAACGGUCUCGUAUUGGCUGCCGACGGUAAGAAGAUGUCGAAGCGUUUGAAGAACUAUCCAGAUCCAAUGGAAGUCAUCGGUAAGAAUGGUUCCGACGCACUUCGUCUCUAUCUCAUCACUUCGCCAGUCGUCAGAGGUGAGACUUUGAAGUUCCAAGAGAAGGGUGUCGCCGACGUCCUCAAGGAUGUUUUCUUGCCAUGGUUCAAUGCCUAUCGUUUCAUGGUUCAGAACGCCUUGCGUCACGAAAAGGUCGCUGGAAAGUCGUUCGUUCCAGACAUCAACAAUGCUUUGGCAUCGACCAACAUCAUGGAUCGUUGGAUCCUUGCAAGUUGCCAAUCGCUCAUCAAGUUUGUACGUGAGGAGAUGGCCGCCUAUCGUCUCUACACUGUAGUUCCACGUCUCACCAAGUUCAUCGAACAAUUGACCAACUGGUAUGUCCGUUUGAAUCGUAAGAGAUUCAAGGGUGCCCAGGGUGAAGACGAUGCUCUCCACUCACUCAAUAUCCUCUAUGAGAUUCUCUUGACACUCUCUGUUGCCAUGGCACCAUUCACUCCAUUCCUCUCUGAAUACAUGUAUCAAAACUUGAAGCGUUCACUUCCAAAGGAGAAGCAAAUGGAUUCCGUUCACUACUGCAUGUAUCCAGAACCAAUUGAAGCCGCUUUCAACGUCAGAAUCGAAGAGGCCGUCGGUAGAAUGCAAACUGUCAUCGAGUUGGGUAGAGUCUCACGUGACCGUAGAACCAAGCCAAUCAAGAACCCAUUACAAACCUUCACUGUCAUCACCGAGAACAAGCAGUAUCUCGAGGAUUUGGAGAACCUCAAGAAAUACAUCAUCGAAGAGUUGAACGUACAGAACGUUGUGCUCACCACCGACGAAUCACUGGUGACCGUCAUUGCCGAGCCAGACCGUAAGCGUCUCGGUCAACGUUUGAAGACCGCCAUCAAGGAGGUCUCUGACAAGAUCACCAAGUUGACUCACGACGAGCUCCGUUCCUUCCAAAAGAACGGUGAGAUCACCAUUGCCAGUCACGUACUGACCACCGAGGAUUUGAAGAUCAUCCGUCGUUACAAUGGUCCAGUCGACCACUACGAACCAUCGGGUAACGAUGAAGUCCUCACCGUUUUGGAUUUGAAUAUCGAUCAGGUACUCCUUCAACUUGGUGUCGCUCGUGAGGUCACCAAUCGUAUCCAACGUCUCAGAAAGAAGUCUGGAUUGGCCCCAGAAGAUCCAAUCAAGAUGUUCUACAACACCAAGGAUGGAGCAAUCAAAGAGGCAAUCUUGGCCAACACCGAAUACCUAAACUCGACCAUCAUCUACCCAUUAGUAUUAGUCGAGGUUGCACCAGAAGCAAUCUUUGCCGAAGAACUUGCAUCUGUAACAAAUGAUAAUGAUUUCCAAAUCUGGUUCUCAAAAUAA